CGGGAUUUCGGAAAGUCGGGGCCCUCUGCGUCAGGGCCGGCCGGCCUGAGUAAUCGGGGCAGGAUUCAGGGCUGCCCUUGCUUGUCGAGAGGAGCCUUCCCCUGCUCCCGGCGUAACCUUCCCGCAGGUCUAGCGCUUGCCCUCGCUGGAGGCAAAGUGAAUGCAAAUACGGGCCGGUCUCCAGCGAGGUGUCUCAGAUCAGCCCAGCUCCUGCUCUGGGCUCCUUGUCCUCCCAGAAGAGGAUUUGACUGCAGCUUGUGUCGGGAAGGAGUUAGGAAGUGUCCAUGAAGGGCUGGGGUGAUGGGUACCAGCCGCUACACCCGUGCAGAAGGAGCUAAUACAUUGCCUGUGUGGUUUCCCCAUGUCCGUGACGUGUUGGCCGAGGCUCUGCGGCUCCUCUCCGCCCUCGGAGCGGCCAGUCGCUGCCCUCUGGACUCCGUGAUCCCCGACGGGCGUCAUGAGCAUUGCAAUCCCUCUGGGAGUCACCACACCAGAUACGUCCUACUCCGACAUGGCUGCAGGAUCGGAGAUCAUAAUUAUGGAGCCCCUCCUCCUCCAACACCGCCAGCCUCUCCUCCUGUCCAGACCAUUAUACCUCGUGCAGAACUGAAUGGCCUGCACUCACCUGAUGAGGAGAACUCCGGGGACAGCGAGAGCUCCUCAGAAGGAGAAUCAAUUCCCAGUUGGUGCCACUGCAGUGUCUCCCAAGAUGGUUUCCUCCUCAAGUGUGAAAAGUGCAGAGGAAUGAGCAGGGGGAAGGUGAUCAGACUCCGCCGCCGGAAGCAGGACAACGUGUCAGGUGGGGACAGCAGUGCAACCGAGAGCUGGGAUGAAGAACUGUCUCCCUCUACGGUGCUGUACACAGCCACACAGCACACCCCUACAAGCAUCACUCUGACUGUCAACCGUGUCCGUAGAAGCAAACCUAAGAAGAGGAAGAGGAGUACCGAAAAAGCUCGCGCUGCUCCAAAGGCGAAAAAGAUCAAGGCCUUUCGAGAGGGCUCACGAAAGUCUCUGAGGAUGAAGAAUUCCCCUUCUGAAGCACAUGCCUUGGAUGAAAACACAGCUGAAGGGUGGGAGAAUCGAAUACGACUCUGGACAGACCAGUAUGAAGAAGCCUUUACUAACCAGUACAGUGCUGAUGUGCAGAACCUGUUGGAACGUCAUCUAAACUCUAAUAAAGAAUAUGUGGGCAAAACUGCUAUGCUAGACACAAUCAACAAAACGGAGCUGGCCUGCAAUAAUACUGUUAUUGGGUCCCAAAUGCAGCUGCAGCUGGGAAGGGUGACUCGGGUUCAGAAGCACCGGAAGAUCCUGAGGGCAGCAAGAGACUUGGCACUAGAUACCCUUAUAAUUGAGUAUCGAGGGAAGGUUAUGUUACGACAGCAAUUCGAGGUCAAUGGGCAUUUCUUCAAAAAGCCAUACCCAUUUGUGCUGUUCUACUCCAAGUUCAAUGGCGUUGAAAUGUGUGUUGAUGCCCGCACCUUUGGUAAUGAUGCCAGGUUCAUCAGGCGUUCCUGCACUCCAAAUGCAGAGGUUCGUCAUGUGAUUGCUGAUGGGAUGAUCCACCUGUGUAUCUAUGCUGUUGCCACCAUUGCCAAGGACACAGAGGUUACCAUCGCCUUUGACUAUGAGUACAACAUCUGCAGCAACUAUAAAGUGGAUUGUGCGUGUCACAAGGGGAACCGGAAUUGCCCCGUGCAGAAACGUAGCCCAAAUGCUGCGGAACACCUACCUCCACCUGUUUUAGGCACACUGCUUGGGGCAGAAACACGCCGUCGAAAAGCCCGUCGAAAGGAGCUAGAAAUGGAACAGCAGGGCAUUGCAUCGGAUGAGAAUGGCAAUCAACAAACAGAGGAAGUUCCAGAGGGACCUGCAGCAGUCAGUGACAGUGAGGUUGCAGAUAAAGAGGAGAAACAGGAAGGGGAGAAAGAGGAGUCUGUAGAUGAACAGGGAGCCUUGGUCCACAACCGACGGUCCCGAGAAGAUAGGAAGGUAGAAGCCAUCAUGCACAUGUUUGAAAACUUGGAAAAGAGAAAGAGGAGACGAGAGCAACCAUCAGACCGGAACAGCACUGAUGCUGAACUCAACAUCAAUGCUGAGGCUCCUGAGCUGGAGGAAAUAAAAACAGAGACUCCCGAAACUGAAGAUGGAAGCUCAACAGUUAGUGCUGCUGUUCCGAAUGUUUCUAACAGUAACACUAGUACUGGAGUGAACACACGACGGUCUUCACAAGUAGUGGAUGCUGUCCCAGAAAAAACAGUUACUAAGCCUGCUCCAGCAAAACCUUCCAGGCCCCGACCGAAAAGUCGAUUCUCUCGAUAUCGGACCAGUUCAGCACAAAGACUGAGAAGGCAGAAGCAAGCCAGUUCCCAACAAGCUGAACUCGCACAGGCUGUCCCAGAGGAAGGAAGCACUGCCAGCUUGGUAACCACAGCAGAUGUCAGUAAUGUAGAAGGUCCAGGAGAAGGCAAACAGUUGACUGGAUCUGACCCAACUGCUAUUCUGGCUGCAGGAUCUCAGUCUAAUCGGGCCACAGUAAAGUACCCCAAAACUAAAAAGUAUCUUGUUACUGAAUGGCUGAAUGACAAGGCAGAAAAGCAGGAGUGUCCCAUUGAAUGCCCUCUGCGCAUUACUACAGACCCGACAGUUUUGGCAACAACCCUAAAUAUGUUGCCAGGUCUCAUCCACUCCCCACUAAUUUGUACCACACCUAAACACUACAUUCGUUUUGGUUCACCUUUCAACCCUGAGAGACGUCGAAGGCCAUUUCUGUUGGAUGGAAUGUACAGCUCCUGUAAAAAGCGCUGGAUCAAACAAGCCCUGGAAGAGGGGAUGACUCAGACCUCACCAGCUCCACAAGAGAACAGAACGCAGUGUCUAUACCAAAGUAACGAGAACAGCAGUUCUUCCAGCAUCUGCAAAGAUGACACAGUUUGUUUUUCAGACUUGCUGAGUCCCCUGAAGAAAUGGAAGUCUCGCUACUUGAUGGAGCAGAGCGUUAAGAAGUUACUGAGGCCUCUGUCUCCGGUCACCCCUCCGCCUCCCAUCCCUUCAGUUCCUGACUCAGUGAGCCCACAGCUGGCUACACCCUGCUCAUCUCUGCCAGGAGAGGAGGAGAGUCGCAAUGGUUAUGGCAUGAUGUUCUCACCAAUUCCUUCUCUGGCUGCUAGUCGCUGCAAUACUCCACUACAGUUUGAGAACGUGUCCUCCCCUGAGAGUUCCCCUGCGCAUAGGCCUGAGUCCCUGUCACCCGAGCUGUGCCUCCGAACAGACCUGGAUUUGAAGGGUGGAUACCUGGAUUCCAGUACAAACACCUGUCCAGAACGGUCGUCACUGCUCAGCUUUGGACCCUCUGAUCUGGCUACACAACCCUCCAUAAACUCCGCUUCAGAGAUCAACUUCCCAGGGAAAAGUGGGGAAGCACAGCUGCUGCUAAGAAGCUCUGAUCAGGCUUUUCGGACAGAGUUUAAUUUAAUGUAUGCUUUCUCCCCAUUGAACGCUAUGCCACGUGUAGAUGGGUUGUUGCGGGGGUCUACUCCUUUGGGAGACAGGAAGCCAAUGAAUUCGGAAGCAGGAUGCUGCAGCUCUCCUGCCGAAGGAUAUUUCAGCAGACAUGAGUCAGGGCUGCUUAAAGAGACAGCGCAUGGAUCCAUGUCUCCCUGUGGCGAGAGGGCUUGCGAAGGAGUCAGAUCUGCUCCGCAGAAUCCGCCACAAAGGAAGAAGGUGUCGCUGCUGGAAUAUCGCAAGCGGAAACAGGAAGCCAAGGAGGGAGGCGACACAGUGCGAUGUACAGGGACUCCUACCCGACAGGGCAGCAGCGGUUCUGUGACUGACACAGAUGUCAACAGCCUGCCAGGCUCUGUAGUACGAGCCCCAUCCUCCCCACAAAGUGGCUUCUCCCCUUCUCAUCCCUCCCUGCCUCAUAUAGAGGAGAUCAGCCCACCGGACUCAAGGGGGGCUAGUUCCUCAACAUCACUCAGCAAAGCCCAGGAGAACAUCAGCAGUAGGUGGAUGGUUCCAACGUCGGUGGAGAGGCUUCGAGAAGGCCGAGGCAUACUUGAGAAGGUCCUGCGAAGUGGUGCAAAGGUAUCCCAGAGAAAUGAAUCCUCACCUACAGCUGACAGUGCUGUUGAGAGAGAUCCAGACACAGCAGAAGGAGACACUCCAGACGCCCUCAAAGGACCAGCAGUUUACAGUCCUUCUAGAUACAGCUACCAGCUCCUGCAGUCUGACAGUCCCCAGGCGGAAUCGCAGACCCUUCUCCAGCAAAGUUCCUCCCCCUACAGAGGACACCUUACUCCAUCUCCUGGAUACAGCUAUCGAGCAGCAGCACAGAGGACAGGACACAGCCUCUCCCAUGGUUCCUCAGAAACAUCCCUCUCCUCCACCUCAUACUCCAGCCCUGCCCACUCGGUCUCCACAGACUCUGCCCUGUUUGCAGGGAAUUUGGGGUAUUACAGCAGCCAGCAGCACUCUGGCAGUGUCAGCGGCAGCCUCCUGAAGAAGAGCUGCCCUGCUGCUGCCAGCCCAGCACAGCAAACGCCUGUGGACUCUCUUUCCUCCGAGUCUGUUCCUCAGCCCUGCACAGGAGUGUCCGGCUCCACCUCUGCUCCCCAAAGUGCUAGGUCGCUACAGUCAGACUUGCGGACUAUCAGUCUGCCGAAUUCUGGGCAGUCUGUUCUCUACCAGGGCUCCAGGGGGGCAGUGAUUUCCAAUGCACAACACUAUCAGCACCGUGGGGGAAGCAGUGUCCAUCAGUACAGACUUCAGCAGCUUCAAGGUUCGGGAGUAAAGACUCAGACAGGACUUUCCUAGGGCUGCCUGGACUCGUGGAGGACAAAACUGCCCAUAGCUCCUUCUAGUCACCUCUGGAAGUGGCUCCUGGGCCAGUGUUGGGAGUUUGCACCUGAUGCUGGGGUGCCAGGGGUCAGAGGCUGAGGUCUGAAAUGCACGGGUGAGAUUUGUGAGCAGUAUUGGCCUCUGGCCUUGUAGGAGAAUGCAGUUUUCUCUGAGGCAGAGACUGUAGCAAAGCUGUUCCCUGAUGUGUGGGUACAUUGCAAAAAAGCAAAUGGUUCAAGUGCAAUGACUGUGGUGCAGCCUCUGUCUCUUGUCCGUGCCCAUGGCCAUAGUCACUCAUGCAGUACGGACAUCUUUUUUAAUAUGAAAGCAGUUUAAAGAAAACGUUGGGGAAGUUUAACUCCAAUCCCAAAGCUCUCUUUUAUAGGUCAGGUUCUCAGUGCGUUCUGGGGAGGGCUUUAAUCCGUUAUGAUCAUUCCAGUCACAAGCAGAUGAGCGCACACAGCUGCCUUUGGGCCUGGGUCAUGACUGCCACAGUCGGAUCUUUUUCCAGGACAACAGAGUCUCCGCAAAUGUGAACUAGCACGGGGAGUUGGAGCGUGUGUGCCUGUCACUGCGAGGGGUCUGGGAUGCACUGUAGCAUGCUGCUCUGAGGGGGGGUGAUCCCGUGUCAGGCGCAGGUCUGCGAACGGGAGCAGUGCUGGCGUGGUGCUGCCGCGCGUCAUCGCGAGGAGGGUCUCUGUCCGCACAGACGUGCUUUGGAGGGGUGACUGGGGGCCUGGCCGGCAAAGCGAUAGUGGGGCGUGCUGGAGGCUGUCUGGUUGAGGAGUGAGCAACUGUUUGUGGAGGGGUUGCAAAUAGGUAGCAGUAGUAAGUACAGGCGUGCUAGGUAUUUGGUGGGAAGCCUGGUCUGUGCCAAGCCAGAUACUCUUUGUAAAGCGUCGUGCAGACCUUUUCCCACCUGAGGUUGUUCGCUGAGUGUGGCAGCAGAGCCAGCCCAAACACAGUGCGCUGUCUGUUCAAUUCCAUAAGAUUGCCAGCUUCUUUCUCACUUGUUUACUGUAAUAUCGGGCGUGUUUUUAUUUAUCUAAUUUUAUAUUCAGUUAUAACCAUAGUAGGUUAGCUAAUAUACGACAGGUGUCAUCCCUGGUGCUGCAGUGGAACUUCUCCUUUCUCUUGGAUAACAUAAUGCUGUGAGUCUGUCUCCCCUGUCUUUCAGAUGCACAGUCUUCUUCCUUUUUUAGGACUGUUACAGGUUUCUCUAAUUCACAAUUGAAAUCAGGUGUUUGUUCAACCUAGGGGAGACUUUUAAAAUAUUGAAACAAAGAGUAACUUUCUCACACUGUCUGGCUGUGAGCGUGUUGGGAUGGAACUUGUCACCCCACAGUUGGGUGUCUGUAUACUGUAUAAAAUAGGUGUAAACUUCGCUCGGCUUAGCCCUGGGUGUGCAGCCUCCCCUUUCAUGCUAUGAGCAGCAUGGGGCAGGCAGGCUCUGCCCUGCCGGGUGGCAGGAAGGGGUUUGCGGGGGGAGCCCUGCGCAGAGGCUCCAGCACCUUUGUAUGCAGCAGGAGGGCAGGAGAGAGGGACCCUGGAAAGCUCUUGGAAAGGUGGGGGCUGUAGCUUCUUACUCUAGUGGAGUUUUUACACCAUGCUGUAACAUUUGAACUUUCACAAGAGAUGUAAUAAUUUUGAUAAUAAAAAUACUUAACUUGAAAACCAA